AGAUCCAGCCGCCCCCAUCCCAUUCCCCUUCCCCAAACCAAAUCCUCCGCUAGGGUUUUACUCCCGCGCCGCCGUCCCAAAAUCCCCAUCCCCGGAAGGCGACCAUGGCCGGCGGCAGCCCCGCGGCGGUCACGUUCCUGACCAACAUCGCCAAGGCGGCGGCGGGGCUGGGCGCCUCGGCCUCCCUCCUCUCGGCGUCGCUCUUCACCGUCGACGGCGGCGAGCGCGCCGUCAUCUUCGACCGCUUCCGCGGCGUGCUCCCGGAGACCGUCGGCGAGGGCACCCACUUCAUCCUGCCGUGGCUGCAGAAGCCCUACAUCUUCGACAUCCGCACGCGCCCGCACAACUUCUCCUCCACCUCGGGCACCAAGGACCUGCAGAUGGUGAGCCUCACGCUCCGCCUCCUCUCCCGCCCCGACGUCGUCAACCUGCCCACCAUCUUCACCUCCCUCGGCCUCGAGUACGACGACAAGGUGCUCCCCUCCAUCGGCAACGAGGUGCUCAAGGCCGUCGUCGCGCAGUUCAACGCCGACCAGCUCCUCACCGACCGCCCCCACGUCUCGGCGCUCGUCCGCGACUCCCUCAUCAAGCGGGCCCGCGAGUUCAACAUCAUCCUCGACGACGUCGCCAUCACCCACCUCUCCUACGGCAUCGAGUUCUCCAUGGCCGUCGAGAAGAAGCAGGUCGCGCAGCAGGAGGCCGAGCGCUCCAAGUUCCUCGUCGCCAAGGCUGAGCAGGAGAGGCGCGCUGCCAUCGUGCGCGCCGAGGGAGAAAGCGAGUCUGCGCGCCUCAUUUCUGAGGCCACUGCCAUCGCGGGGACUGGGCUCAUCGAGCUCAGGAGGAUCGAGGCUGCCAAGGAGAUUGCUGCGGAGCUGGCGCGCUCACCCAAUGUUGCCUACAUCCCCUCCAGUGACAAUGGCAAGAUGCUGCUCGGCCUCAAUGCCACCCGGUGAUUUACCACUUGCAUUUCACUCCUUCAGUUGCUUGCCCGAGCAUCAUUUUGCGUUAUGAUGAGGUACUAAAACUGUGGAACUAUUAUAUCUGUUACUGUAGGCCGGGUUAAGUCUGAAUGUCUUGGGACUAAAUGUGGUAGCCUCUGAACAAAAUAAGGUCUGGGUCUGGACAUUUAUGAUUUGUCACAUUAAGCUUUCUGGUGUUGUUGAA